AUGGCGGAAUCGCAGCAGCGCUCUCGUGUCUUCUUUGACAUUCAGAUCGGUGACACCAAGGCCGGUCGCGUCGCUUUUGAACUGUUCAACGAUGUCGUUCCCAAAACCGCAGAGAACUUCCGAGCUCUUUGUACCGGCGAGAAGGGUACUGGAGUCCAGGGCAAGCCAUUGUCCUACAAGGGCUCAAUUUUCCACCGCGUGAUCAAGCAGUUCAUGAUCCAGGGCGGUGACUUCACUGCAUUCAACGGUACUGGCGGCGAAUCGAUCUACGGCGAGAAGUUCCCCGACGAGAACUUCGACCUCAAACAUGACCGUCCUUUCCUGCUCUCCAUGGCCAACUCCGGCCCCGGCACCAACGGCAGUCAGUUCUUCGUGACCACCGUUCCCACUCCCCACCUUGAUGGCAAGCACGUCGUAUUUGGUGAAGUCAUCAAUGGCAAGAGCAUUAUCCGCAAGAUCGAGAGCAUGCACACCAACUCCGACAAGCCCGAGGUCGAUGUGACUGUGGUGGACUGCGGUGAGCUGACAGGCAGCGACUGGGAGAACGCCAACAAGCGCGUGCAGGAUGCCACCGGUGACCCAUACGAGGACUUCCCCGAGGACCACCAGGGUGACGAGCUGACUGCUCCCCUCGCCUUCAAGGUUGCUUCCGAUCUCAAGGCUUUCGGCAACACCGCAUUCAAGAGCGGCGACUUCAACCUCGGUCUGGAGAAGUAUCAGAAGGGUUUGCGCUACCUGAAUGAGUUCCCCGAGCCCGCCGAGAAUGACCCCAAGGAGCUUGCGGAGCAGAUGAAGUCUCUCCGCUUUACCCUUCACUCCAAUUCGGCUCUGUUGGCCAACAAACUUUCGCACUUCCGUGAUGCCAAGACCUGGGCCGGCUAUGCCCUCCAAGUCGCCGAUGCUGCCAAGGCCAAGGAUGCCGACAAGGCCAAGGCCUACUUCCGCCGCGCACAGGCUCAGGAGGGACUGAAGGAAGAGGAUUCCGCGCUCAAGGAUCUCCAGGAGGCUCAGAAGCUGGUCCCUGGUGAUGCGGGUAUUAUCAACGAGAUCGCCAAGGUCAAGGCCACUGUCAAGGCUCGCGAGGCCAAGGACAGAGCUGCUGCUCAGAAGUUCUUCGCAUGA